UUUAGCCACGCCUUGUACUUGUUUCAAAUUAUGGAGGUCAUCACUAAGUGUUUUAGAGGCCUGAGGCGUCCAAAAAGUUGUCUUCCUUGUAGAAAAAGGUCAGAGGAAGAGCCGGCUACCUCGAAAAAGAAAGCUACGCCAUUACCAAAGAUCAAGGUCAUCGUAAUAGGCUCUAUUGUGCUCACAAAUAAUUUCGGUGCUGCCCUGAUAUUUCCCUUUUUACCGUUCAUGGUGCAUGACUUCUUUCCUCAGCUCAACAAAGAUGAAUUGGGUCAGAAAGCUGGUUUCCUUGGCAGUGCCUUUUUUGCCGGUAACUUUAUUGGCAGUCUGAUGUGGGGCUCAAUAUCGGACUACUGGGGGCGUAGACCCGUCAUGCUAUUUGGUAUCUGUGGUACAAUAGCCUCCGAACUGUUGUUCGGGUUUAGUCAGACCUUUGCAUGGGCUAUUGUGGCAAGAUUCCUAUGGGGUUUCCUUAAUGGUAAUAUCGGAGUUGCUAAAACUUACCUAUCAGAAAUAUGCGAUGAUACUAAUCAAGCUCAAGGUUUCUCUGUUAUUGGGACGUCAAGUGGAUUUGGACGUCUUAUGGGCUCAGUAAUUGGUGGAUUCUUGGCUCAGCCAGCCAGCAAGUAUCACUUGUUUGAGCUUCCUUUCUUUUGUCAGUUCCCUUAUGUACUACCAGUUUUUGUGGCUGUUGGAAUAGGCAUCUUCAGUUUUACCACUGGAUUCUGUUUCCUCAAUGAAACAUUACCAAAAGCAAAGGAAGCUUAUAAAUCAAGAGAAGACUCAGACGAUGAAAAUGAUCAAGAUGACACUCAAUCGACUGUCACUGAUAUUGAAUUGAUAUCAAUGUCAGCUAGUGAAAGUGAUUCAGAAUUAACUAGUCACAAUAAUGGGGAUACUGCUGUGAUCAGAGAGUCUGAUAUUGACACUGAUAUGAACGAAUCUGAUACAGAAAUGUUAAUUGGGUUUUCUGGAAACAUUCAAAACAGCAGCCCCGAAAAAUUAAGAUAUUCAGUAGUAGUUAAGAAUGCAAUAAAAAACUUUAGCUUUUCGUCAUUUCGAAGAAAAUUUGUAAGGCACCAUAAGGAACAGUGUAUUGCCUGCUGCCACUGUUACUAUACUAGCAAAGGAAGGUCACAAUCCUUGACAUCUCUCAUCACUUCUUGUGAAACUUGGAAGAGACUUGGUUCCGGCAUAUUAUCUAAUUUCAAGCAGAUAUUGAGAUUACUACUGGACAGAAGAGUAAUACUAACAACAGUGAUAUAUGGCCUGAUGGGAUAUGCUGCCAUCAUAACUAAUGAAUUAUUUCCUUUACUGAUGGUCACUUCUCAUGUUCACGGAGGCUAUCAAAUGGAUGAUAACGAAAUUGCUACGCUCACCAUGAUUGCUGCUGCAGUUCAGUUAGUUUAUCAGCCUUUUGUCUUCCCAAGGACGGUGAAGCUCUUGGGAUAUCGUAAUCUCCUUCGUGCUAGUUUAGUGGUCUUUGCUUGUGGCUGUAUCUUGUUACCAUGGUCUAAUAGAAUCACUGGACCUAUUGAGACAAUAGCCAAUGACACAGGUAGCGGAAUGGAUCCAAUGUUGAAUGACUCAAGCAUUUUUGAUUAUUGUGGACGCUCGCCUGAAGAAGCAUCAGUCAAUGAGGACUCUAUUAGUAGAUUACCUGCUAAAGUGUGGGCCGUUGUGCUUCUGGCUCUACUAGCAAUGAUAAUAUCAAGAGCUAGUACAUUUACGGCAAUCAUGGUUAUGGUCAAUAACUCAGCUCUUCCUGAAACUCGUGGUCUCGUUAAUGGGAUCGCUCAAUCACUAGUUGCCAUCGCUCGCUCUAUUGGGCCUACCAAUGGUGCACUGCUGUUUGCAUGGAGUGAGAGCAAUGGGCUAAAUUGGCCAUUGAAUUAUCAUUUGUCAUUCGAGUUAUGUUUCAUUGUGUCUGUGAUCAUACUGCUGGUGUCUUUAUUGCUACCUAAGACUAUUGAGAAAAAGAGAACGAAAUAGUGGACCACCACUUCAUUCAUAAUAAAGUGAAAUAUAAUCAUUAGAGUCUAAUUAUUAUUUAUUAUUUAUUUCAAAAUAUUAUUUAUUAAUAAGUUAUGUUUGACCAAUGACAA